GUAUAUAAUUUGGUUGACAUCAGACAGUCUUCUCCAGUCUACUCACAAUUCUUACUUUCCCUUUUCCCCGACAGACAAGCCUUCAAAUCCGUGCGGAAUUCUCCUUUCAAUAGCUCCGUACACAACACGUACUCAUCGAUGUUGGGAGUGUAACAGAAUCGGCGUGUAAAAUAUUCGCAAAUUUUCUCAAUUUGGUUGCCCCGAUUUCAAAUAUUUGCGUUGUGAAAUGAAAGGCGCAGAUUUUAAAUGGUAUGACGGGUUCUUCCUGUCAAUGUUAGCAACUAGUAUAAUCAUUGUGGCUAUCAACUGGAAGCGCUACCAUCUUUGUAUAUACCCAUUGCAUAUCUGGAUCGUGGUUGACUAUACAAUAGUGUUUGUGUUUCGGUUGUUGAUGUUUGUAGAUAAUGGACUUGCUGCUGGAAUGGGAUUGGAUUUAGGUUGGCAGCAGAGAUAUACUCGCUUUCGUGGAAGAAUAGUUGUUCUUUCAAUUCUUGCCCUGUUUCUGUAUCCCUUUCUUUGGGCUUGGACGAUUAUUGGGACUUUAUGGUUCACUAGUGCGAGAAACUGUUUGCCAGAAGAAGGUCAAAAGUGGGGUUUCCUUAUUUGGUUGCUCUUCAGCUACUGUGGACUCGUUGGCAUAGCUUGCAUAUCAAUUGGGAAGUGGUUAACUAGAAGACAAGCCCAUUCAUUACGUGCUCAACAGGGAAUUCCUACUUCAGAAUUUGGGGUGUUGGUUGACAUGAUCAGAGUACCAGAUUGGACUUUUGCAGCAGCAGGACAGGAGAUGAGAGCGAUGGGACCUGAUGCUACUUCAUAUCACCCAGGACUUUACUUAACCCAAGCUCAGACAGAAGCAGUGGAAGCACUCAUUCAGGAGCUACCAAAGUUCAGGCUGAAGGCUGUUCCUACUGACUGUAGUGAGUGCCCUAUCUGUUUGGAAGAGUUUCGCAUGGGAAACGAGGUUCGUGGUCUGCCUUGUGCUCACAACUUCCACGUUGAAUGCAUUGAUGAGUGGCUUCGGUUAAAUGUGAAAUGCCCUAGAUGCCGCUCUUCUGUUUUUCCAAAUCUUGAUCUCAGUGCGUUAUCCAAUAUCCGAGCAGAGGGUUCAACAGCCAAUGUACUGACAGCAGCUCGGUAUGUGAGAUCCCAACCCUCCAGUCAGAGCUACCUGCUGAGAUUGCAAGGUUUGCUCCGCCCAGUGCGCACACAGGAUGCUGGCCUGGGCAGUGAGAUAGAUCUAGCUUCAGGAACAGCUAAUAGCAGCAACCAAGUAUUGGCACCUCAUAGUCAUGGAAAUGUGGAGCCUGUACAAGUUGUGGUGGAACAGCCCCCAAGGGAGCAACAAAAAUAUAUCGGCCGAGGUUCCUUACCGGUUGAGAUGUCUAACUUGGUGAUUCCUGAGAACUUUCUAGCCAUUGUCGAUUGAGUGUUCGUAUAGCGGUUUCUUGUUGCAAUCGAAAUUCAUAGAUUAAAAAGCUAAUAUGCAUCUGAUGGAAGGAAAUGUGGUGGCAAUGAUUUAUCUUCAUGGCCAGCUUGUUCUGAUGUGAGUUAGUUUAACUUUGGCAUUAAUCUUUGGAACUCUCUUAACUGAGCAACUGUCAUAUAUGUUUGUUUACCACGAAUUUUAUCGAUCAAUUCAUUUAGAUAAUCGUGCAUGCUGCUUAUUCUGUGUCUUUCGGGAACGCUGUGAAAUGAACCUUCAAAACUGAGUUUCCAUCAGUAAAAAGUAACACAAUCUGCCGUUCAGAAUCCAAUACAUCGAAGUCUGGUUGCUACUUGUUAGGUAUUACUAAGUAGUACCUUAUGUGUCAUACGAAAAACAGCUGUCCGCGUGUUGAUAAUCAAGUGUAACAGCUAUGCUAUAAGAAUAUUUGUUGUCUAUUUUUAAAACGAGUAGAGUUAUUUCUCUUGA